AUGGCUGAGAAGCCGGCACACUCCGCCGCGGACUUGUGGUGCGUGAUGGCAGCAUCCCAUGCGCAGGGCCUCAUCCCCUCCCUCUCCCAUCGGAGGUUGGCGGGUUGGGUGCUCGGUCGAGGUGCCGGUUUCAGCUCGGUUGGCGGGCGACUGAUUUGCAGUUCGGCUCAGAACUCAAUCGCGAACCAAAGCCGUGACGUCCCGCCCAUCAGCGAACAUCAGAACCGGGGCACCGGGGGUUCAUCAGUGGAGAGCCAGAGAAUCGUGCACGUGGUCUUGGCAUUGAAUGCGAUUAUGCGCCUUGCUGGCGACCAUCAAAACACUGCAGACACAAAACGGAACCGAGGGAGCGGCGGGCAGAGACAAGGCGGUGUCUGCAUCUGGUUGGUGCCCAAGUAG